GUUUUGGGUUUGGCGCCCUUGGAAGCCAAAAACGACGCCGUAUAGGUGUUACUUAAUAUGAAAAACAGUUUUCUCCACCAACACAAACACUUCGUCUCUUCUUCUUCCACCCUCUGAGUUCUUCUUCAUCUCCCCAACAAUGGCGUAGCCGUAGGGUUGUAUGUGCUGGGUUAACAAAAAUUUGAGAGAAGAAGUCAUCUGAUCAGAAGUUGUUGUUGCUCUUCCCUUCCCUUCCUUCACCACAAAGACGAGGUUCUGACGUUGUGAUCGGACUGAAGAUGGAGGAGAAGUUGGACAUCAUGUUUCAUUAUGGGGGUGACUUCAAAAAAAAUGCAGAAGGAAUUAUGAUAUAUUCUCUGGACAAUAAGGCCUGUUUAGGUGAUCUAGACACUGAUACUCUGGAUGUGUUCUACAUACAGAACUACCAUAAGGAGCUUGGGUACAAUGACAUUAAACAGUGCUGGUGGCAUGUUCCUGGAAAAUGUUUGGAGAAGGGGUUGAGAAAUGUAAACAGUGACAAAGAGAUAAGAGAGAUGGUGAAUUGUGCUAGGACAAAUGAGGGAUUGAUUGAUAUAUAUUUCGAGCAUACAGUGUCAGUGCCGGAGGUGUUAGAGGGAGAUAACACAGUUGUGUACUUGGAUGAUCAUGGUGGAGAGGGAUGUAAUGCAGGUACAGAUACUGAUGUGAGUCCCCCAGUUACAGAGACUCAUGCAAUCAUAGUUGCUCCUCCUAUCCCUAAGGUUGUACCCAACACUUCUUGCAAAUCCAGUCCCAAAAAAAAAAACAGAACAUCUCCACGGCAAUCACAACCAUCACACUCCAAAACUGCCAAUCCUUCCAAGACAGCCAAACCUGUGAAGAAGACCAACUCCCCAAAAGUCACCAAGCCCACCAAGCUCACGAAGCCCACCAAGCUCACCAAGCCCACCAAAAUCAGCCAGCCCACGAAAUCCAGUCAGAACACCAAAUCAGAUAGGAGCAAGAAGCAGAAACUGUCCAAGAGACCAAGUAUUUCCAGGAGACCCUGUACACGGUCUGCUGCUAGAGGAUUUACUAGCAAAGUGUUUAACAAUGAAGUUCCCUUUGAUUUAUCUUCUAACUCCUCUGAUAGUGAAGAGGAUAGCAUGUCCAAGCCAGGUCCGGAUGAGGGUAGUUCCUCUAAUUCUGAGGCUACAGGGAAUGAUCCUAAAACUGGGAGUAGGAUUAGGAGAACAUGGUACAUGCAGCAAUGGGUAAGAGAAAUACUAAUCCACUAG